GUCGGCAACUCAGGUCCGGCUUUACAUACAUCCGUAUAGCCACGAACGCUAGAACGUUAGCCAUUUGAUUUCAGGAUGGCAAUGCAACAUUGUAGUUCUGUCCGCUCUCGUCACGCUUACGUUCUCUUGACGACGCUAGAUAUGAUUAUUUCUCGCGAUCUCGAUCUACUGUGGAAUUCGUAUGGAAGGCAUCAAAACAACUCGUACAGGACCCAUCGAUCCCAGAUGACCAACAGGGCAGCAACUCUCGCGUAGCUUUUGAACCCCAACAUAAUUUCCGCCAUUCGCAAGGCCAAUCAGCUUUACUCGGCUUCUUCAGUUUAUACGCCAAAAGUUGUGUUUAAGCUGAAAUACUCUGCAAAAUAUUAUUUAUAGGCCGCUAUAUCAUUGCUGAGGUUUGUUUACAGUGCUGACACGGCUUGAAUCAUUAGUCAUUGUAUUGUUGUCGACCUAGCAAAACACCCUCAUGCUCUACUUAUUUUCCUUCAAAUUUCUCUACACUUGUCAUCGACAAAGCUAGAUUUCUAAGCUGAGCGGAGAUCAACCAGGAACCUCUUUAUAUGGUAUGGCGAAGGGCAUGUAAACAGGAAUCAUGGGUUGUUUUUGUCCCGCAAAUCGACCUACCAAGGGUCAGGAAGCUUGGCGGGCGGGCUGACUGGCUUGGCCAUGGGUGACGCCCAGUCUAGGGGGGUCAGAGUAUUGCCGCUCAAUGCUCACCUAAGACUUGGCAGCGCCUAGUAAGCAUCAGAAAACGUUGGGACUUUGUUUUGCUUCUUUCUCUCACUCUCGCUUUGCCCCACCGCGAGCUAACUGCAGCUCUAAUAUAAGAACGGUUGCAGCGGCCGACAACAGCGGACGGAGUCGCUGUUCUCGUCUCUAUGGCAACAUAGCACAACAUCGCUGGCACAAUAUGCUCUACGCGAUCAUUAUCCGCAUACACAGACAGACGCACAAAUAGGUAUAGACCAUACGGCCAAACGGUAGCCUCACAUGAGGCUGUAAGAAGAAAAUGAGCUAAGCGUAGUCGUGAAUUGUGCUUUCGUCGUGGUCGUAAAUGGUUUUUUGCAACAUCUACUGGUCGUAGUACGUUGACGAAAUGUAUACCGGUGACUGUCGAAUUGAAUUGUGUCCAAUCGUCUGCUAGUUCAACGCGUGAAGCGUGAGACAGGAGCGCAUAUUACGGCGACGGCGAAUUAUUCCCAGCGACAGAGUUGAUUCUAGUGAUUGGCAUUAAUUCUUGUCCGAAUUCGUUCUUCCUUCUAAAAUGGGCCUGCUGGCGUUGUUACGGAAGCUGAAGGCUUCGCCUGACAAGGAGCUACGUGUCCUAUUACUUGGACUUGACAACGCUGGGAAGACGACGAUUCUUAAAAAGAUUGCAUCCGAAGAUAUUACACACAUUACGCCCACACAAGGUUUCAACAUCAAAAGCGUGACCACGCAAGGAUUCAAACUUGUGGUGUGGGACAUUGGAGGCCAACGCAAGAUCCGACCGUAUUGGCAGAACUAUUUUGACAGCACUGAUAUUCUUAUCUACGUUAUUGAUAGUGCGGAUCAGAAACGAUUUGAAGAAACGGGAGUUGAGUUAUGCGAACUAAUGCAAUGCGACAAGCUGAUGCGAGUCCCACUGCUGGUAUUUGCCAAUAAGCAAGAUCUCAUGAAUAGCGCCUCUCCACAGGACAUAGCUGAAGGCCUCAACCUGCAGGGCAUCAAGGAUCGGACUUGGCAAAUACAGGGCUGUAGUGCGCUUACCGGAGAGGGUCUUAAGGAUGGUCUCGAGUGGGUAAUCAAGACAGUAAAACCGGUAUCGAAGAGGUAAUAAACAUCAGCGACUGCACACAUAGAUACGCACACACGCACGCGCACACAUACACACACACACA